AUGCGACAACUCUUCCGCUGGUGGCAGAAAGCCGGGCCGGUAGCUGAGCACAACCCACCGGAAGGAUCGGUUGAGACGGCUCCACCCUCGGCCGAGACCUUCCCGGCAGGCAUCAAACUGCUUCAUAAUUCGGCACACGCUACCGUUGACAUCGUUUUCGUCCACGGCCUAACCGGCGACCGCGAGAAGACAUGGACCGCUAGCGGCGCGUUCGAGCCGUGGCCUAAGGCUCUCCUUCCGUCCGAGCUCCCGACCGCGCGCGUCCUUACCUUCGGAUACGAUGCAUACGUGGCGGACUGGCAGAGCAUGGUGUCGCAGAGUCGAAUUGGCGACCACGCGUGGAACCUUCUAAGGUCUCUCGCGUCGUAUCGAGAGAAGGACGAUACAGCAUUGUUCAGAUCGAGACAGCGGAUAGAACCACACCUCAAUAACAUCCUCCGGUUUACGUGCGGCAUCGCCUUUCUCGGGACACCACACCACGGAUCGGGGCUGGCACAGUGGGCCGAGCGGCUAUCGCGAUGUAUCGGGAUCAUCAAGCAGACAAAUACACAAAUUGUUGAGGUGCUCAAGCGCGACUCGGAGGUACUUGCACGGAUCCAAGACGGUUUUCAUACCAUGGUCCAAGCGCGCGUCAAGGAGGGACAACCGAUCGAAAUCAGCUGCUUCUUCGAGCAGCUGCCUCUGCCGGGCAUCGGCCAGGAUUCGGCGAUUCUGCCUGGGUACAUUCCGAUCGGGAUCCGCAAUAACCAUAUGGACAUGACCAAAUUCGCCAGUGUGAACGACCCGGGAUUUCAGGAUGUUUGCGGGGAGCUUCGUCGGUGGAUUAAGGAGAUAGAUGUGGCUGAAAGACGUCACGAGAAUUCACCCGAUGCAGUGCAAUAUGUUAGCGGGACGCCGAUACUUGAUCUCAGAGGAGAUUCACCCAACGCUGCUGAUCCCAUUGUGAGGAGCCACGGAAGUGGACGGACACAGAACUUCGAAAGGAAAGGGCCCCGCGCCUUCAACGCAAUCACGGUCUAG